AUGCCAUCACUACAUGUUCCUGGAAGCUACAAGACAGAGUUUAAAAAAGAUGUUGAAAUAUUUCAAUUUCAUCCUGUCCUAAAUCCUGUUCAGAAGAAGGUUGUCAACCUGAACCACACCUCUGAACCAUUAUUUCAAGAAUAUGUUUCCCG